AUGGAGAACAUUAUGAAGUACAGACUGGAGCUCGACCGCGCACUCGAUCGAGCUGGAAGCACAAUGAGAAAAGAUAUGCUUGCUCUGAACUCGAAGUUGGACAAACUGAUCCUAGCCCAAUUCCCUGCCAAGCAUGUCAAUUAUGUCUCUGGAAAAGCUCUAGUUAAAGACCAGGAAGGGGAGGAGAACCAACAUGAGGUUUGCUAUAUUCAAAAUAGACAAGGAGGUUUUAGGAAUCCUCAGCAAGGAUAUACCAUUGGCUAUGGACAACAAGGGACAUACUCCACCUAUCCAAACACCUUGCCCAACAACACCCCAGUGUACCACCAAGGCUUCACCCAAUGGCCUAACCAUACCCAACCAAGCCAAGAUUGGGAUAUGAAGGAUAUGCUAAAACAACUCCUACAAGGGCAAGCCAAAGGUUCACUGGAAAUGAACCACAAUGCAUCAUCCUCUUCACCACAAGAGUAUGCUCAAGCAGUUACACUGAGAAGUGGGCGGCAAUUUCCAAACAGGAGUAGCCCACUCCAAAUCGCUGUGGACAUCGAUGACGAGGAAGGGGAGGAUUUGGUCGAGUAUGCUGAUAUUCCGGCACCGAACUCGAUCGAGCUGGAACAAAACCCUGAACCAGAGCUCGAUCGAGCUGAAGAAACCGAGAUUCAGAAAGACAAACCAGAGCUCGAUCGAGCCGAGAAGGGAACAGACAAAACAA